GCGCUGAAACAAAUUGGAGGGGAGAGAAGGAGGAGGUGGUGGUGGUGGGAGGAGGAGGAGAAUCAUCAUCAUCGUCGCUGCUGCUGCUGCCAGUGCUUGUCGUGGCGGUCACUUCUCUCGAGAGCUCCCAUCCCAACCGAGAUUGGCAUCACAUCUGGGUUCUGAAAGAUAUCCCACAAUGCAACAUGCCUCAUGCCUGGCAGUACAGGAAGUGAUGUCACAGCAGGGCAUGGCUCAUUCGUCCAAUCAAGAGCGACCAGAGGACGCAACGCGAAUGGAGGAGUCGGCGAGCGACGCGCCUUUGAUGUUGGGCAGGAGCGAGGACUCCACCAAGCCUUUGGACCCAAAAGCUCAGAUGGACGCAGACAAGAACUCAAUUUACAGCCACCCUCUCUUCCCACUGCUGCGGCUCAUGAUGCUGCGCUGCGAGGAAGCCACGCAGGGGGCCGAGGGCAUCACGUCGGCCGGCCUCUCCGCCGAAAUCCAGGCCAUGCUGGGCACGCAGAGCGAGCUCUUCAGUGGCAACGGAGACACGGACAGCCUGAUGCUCAAGGCGGUGCAGGUGCUCCGCAUCCACCUGCUGGAGCUGGAGAAGGUGCGCGAGCUCUGCCAGGACUUCUGCGAGCGGUACAUCGCCUGCCUGCGCGGCAAGCUCAGCUCCGACAACCUCCUGCGGGGCGACGCGGGACCCGCCAGCUCGCAGCUGGAGCAGGCCUUCUACGCCCUGCACUCGCCUGGCAACGACAUGCGACAGGACCGGGCCCAGCCGGUCAACGUUCUGGCCAACCUCGCCAGCUCCACCGAAUGCCACCUUGGUCCUCCACACCGCCAGGGAGUCGUGGGAGCCGCGAUGCAUCAUGGGAAUGCGAAGAUGAGUCCAGCGCAAGCGGCGAUGGCAGGAGGAGACGGGGGCUUCCCGACGUCGCUGGUGCUCACCCUGCAGAGCCCCGCCACCCCGGCCGGCGGAGGAGCGAGUCGACGGCAACACUCCACGGGGGGCUCCCGUUCCUGCUUCCAGCCUCUCUCGCUGGGCCCGCAGUGCGGCAUGACGGGCGAUCGCACGCGGUCCCCGCAGGAGAGGCUCGAGUCGUUCAACCACCUCGGCCACCUCCCCUCGCCCACGGCUCACCAGGCGGAGUGCGAUCUCUCGGAGAGCGACGACCGCAAGAUGAAGAGCAAGCGCGGAGUGCUGCCCAAGCACGCCACGGGCAUCAUGCGCUCCUGGCUCUUCCAGCACAUUGUGCAUCCAUACCCCACAGAGGACGAGAAGAGGCAGAUUGCCGCCCAGACGAAUCUCACCCUCCUCCAGGUCAACAACUGGUUCAUCAACGCUCGCCGGCGAAUCCUGCAGCCGAUGCUCGACGCUGGCAACACAAGCGGCGGAAAUCCGGCUGGGAAUUCCGUCGGGAAUGCCACCGGAAAUCCGGAGGGAGGUCCCGCCGGGUGCGGGAGAGGGAGGAGAGGCAAGGCGGCACCCAGAGCCUUGCUCAGGUUCUGGCCGGAGCAACUGGCGUCGACGGGAGCGACGGGAGAAGCGGAGGCGAGGAGACUCCUUCAGCGGUCGGGAUCGAACGCUGACGGUGGCGACGGGCACGCCACGGGGGGCGACCCGAGCGAGCCCCCCUUCCCACGCCCGGGCUCCAGCGUCGGCUACGGCGCCGAUGACUCCCAGGACGGCACCGACGAUGACGGCGGCGGCGGCGACGACGACGACGACGAUGAGGGCAGCAGCGGCACCGCUCACGACCUCACGCUCGCCGGCUGUCCGUCCCCCGAUUAGCGCCCUCUGCCUGUACCCUCCACCAGUACCCUCCACCACCACCCAACUCCUCCCACUCCCCCCCCCAUUGCUGCAACGAGUCAAGAUAGUACUCCCGGAAGUGGCGGCGGGGGGAGGGGGGGUGGGCCUCAUUUCCAAUUUAGUUUAUUUAAAUUUGAGUUUCAAAAAAAAUGGAGGGCUCCUUAAUUAGCCCCAGCCAGUGUGACGCCGCUCUGAUGUCAUCACGGGCGGAUGUUACUCGGCAGUAGUCACGGCGACGGCCAGUGUCAUGUUGAAGUAUGUACAUUGCGAGAGAGAAAAGUGUGUAAAAUGAAACGUUUGAAGCUUCUUUUGUUUCGAGGGUUCGUGACCCUCAGCGUUUAGCAUCUUUGACACAUUUAUGAGGUACCUAGCACGCUACAGUGGUCAUUGAAGAAUUACCAUUGGUUUGUACAUAAUGGACUCCUCCGUCAAUCACAUGCAAGCUUUUUGUGCUUUAUAAAUAUGUUGCUUUGUAAACAUGUUCUGUAACGAAAUGCAGGAUAAUGUGCAUGAUUUAUAUAUUUUUUAUGACGAGUCUGAUUGGCUCAGGUAUGUCACGUGGUCACAAAAGGGUGCCCUACCGCCUGAUUGGCCGUGCGUGUGAUCCUGACCUUGUGACCUUUGCCCAUGUUUUGGGAGUUGUGUCGUGGGUUCGAACUUAGCCCUUGAGCCAUUGGCCCAAAUUUGGCUUUUCAGUGACACUCAGGGUGGCAAAUGCUGACUUUGAUUUUCGUGAAGAGUUGUAUCUCUACAUUACAAAUGCAUCUAAUAGUAAGGUCACCAUGGUAACUGUUUAUGAUUAAAAAAAAAGGUCAUUAAGGAGAGGUAUCCGAGUAUGUUUGACAGAGAACAUUGUUUUGGAGAAUAUUUGUUUUAAUAUAUAUAAAGCAUCUAUGGAAUAUUAACACGAAGCAUGUGCAUAUAAAACAAACGGUAUACAUCAGUGUUCUUCACUCAUUUUCAGUGGGGGGGGGGUCCACUUUCGCUGAUAAGACAUCAUCAGUGCCAGGGCCGCCACACCAUUUGAAACCACUGGGGGGUUUUGACAGCAGCAUGAUGAUGAUGGGGUGUAAAUUUCGAUUUAAAGCUUUCGUGACUGCAGGGAUUCAUCUUCUUGGUUCUUUCGGUAAAGUCACGUAGAAGGAAAAUAAUAAAAUAAUAAAAAUAAAACAUAAUAAAUAAUUCAGAUGCGUCUUCAGACUCUGUCUUCCCGACAGACCUGUUCUUCACCGGAGGACGACUGCUUGCGUUGUGGCCGAAACGUCGUGAGAAUUAUUUUAUUAUGUUUUAUUAUUUCCCUUCUACGUGACUUUACCGAAAGAACCAAGAAGAUGAUGGGAUGUGUUUACAAAUUUGACUGUUGUCGGGGGGUGCACGUCAGGGGCCGCACUAAAGGCCAUCAGGGGCCGCCAGUGGCCCGCGGGCCUUGUAAUGAAGAACACUUACAUCUGCUCAGCUGGAUACCGGUAGUACUUGUCACCUCAGGCGGUACCGACCAACCUCCUUGGCUCAUGGGCAAACGGAAUUGGUUGUCCAAGUGCGGUGAUCCGGGUCAGGCUGCGAGUUGAACAUUUCUUCUCUGGAGCUUUCGCGACGCACCACUGUGGGGCACCUUUCAGGUCAACUUGAAGGCAACAUCUCGCAGCGGUGGCGAGAUGUUAACUCCCUCGCCGAGUAUGCAGGAGGUCGUGGGUUUAAAUCCCGACCCGGACGACUGUAUAUUUGGAGUUUGUAUGCUCUCCCUGUGGUCGCGUGUAUUUUUCUCCAGGUCCUCCGGUUUUUCCCUCCACAUUUAGAAUCGACACGCUGCUAUAAAUGUCCACGUGAUAAGCCACUUCGUUGAGGCAUUAUUUGUGGUCAGGUCGCUUCUGAAAAAUAGCUCCAUAGCUCAGUGGGCCUUAGCUGGUAAAAAAAAAAAGUUUAGUUUUAACUCCUGUAGAUACCCACAAUAGCUCGUGGCAAAAGCUCGAGAGAAGAAAUGGUCAACGUACUUGCAGCCUGACCUGGAACACCACACUCGGACUUGUGGGGGAAGGCCACAUUUUAACGGCCUAUCUCCGAUGCGUUUCCUGGUUGCAUUUCGUGUUGUUUGGCGCGACGACGUCCGGCGUUUCGCCCCACGUCACGGCAUCCUCUUUGGGAAUGUUUGUUUUAAGUUCAGGAACCGAAGAAGCUCCUCCCGAAACGUCCGGGACAUCCGCACCGAAGGAAAAACGCGCGGCCACGAACGGAACGAACGCGAGAGCGGCUGCUAGGACCUUCGCGUUCAGUGGAACCGUCGGUUUCCGCCGCUCUCCGCCCUGACCGGACGUCUGUCCCUCCGCUCGCGCAACGCUCCCCGAGAAAGCGCUCGAACUCGCGGCGUUCGUGACGACGCGGCGGGGGUGGGGGACAUUUAAACUCGUGCGGGGAGUGGAGGGAGAAGGGGUCGGACGACUCCUCCGCGCAUCUCUCAACUUUUGCUGCACGUAGAGAGACGAGAGACGCGCCAGCCCCCCGCCCCCCCCACCGGUGAACUGUUGCGAAAGCGCGAGUGGCCACCCGCAGCACUUGUUGUUUGACGAUGAAGAAUGGCGGAUGUUUCGGAAGGUUCGAGAGACGCAUUUGACAUCGUGUCGGCUGAAGGGAUGAAGAGACUAUGCAUGCUAUGGCGGGAUGUGCGAUGUAACAUGCUGUGCUUGGUUUUUUCCUUUCUACGACAAAUUAGACGUUUCUUUUUUUUGAUAUGUGUAUGUAUAACUGGUGUAAGAUACGUUGGCACAAGAUGAUGCGGCAUUCAGCAAAUCUAGAGAACUCUUUAGGAGCAAAAUGGGAUCCCUCAGAACUACGUCCCGUCUGUAGUUGGAAAGGACGAGAUGGCGUUGACGCGACAAAACGACGCUGACGCAACGCGGACGCACGUGCGUCACUUGGAAGACCCCACGCGGCAAGAUUGCGGUGUCAUUUGGAAACGCGACGUGGCUCUGCCUGGUGCGUCAAGGCGCAUCUGACGGAGAUUCUGUGACCCGUAAUUCAUCAUAGAGGUUUUUUGGGGGUUAUAUCGCGUAAAUAUAUAAAUGCGUCGUUUAAACCCGCCACCACCUGACACAGCCAACUAGUAAGGGUUGUCACGUCAAUAGAACGUGGCCAAUUCGUCACUAGUACAGCACACCGGUGUGUUGGAGAGCCAAGCCACAAGGCUUACAAUCUGAGUACGACGUGUUGCCAGUAGUUACAACUCGCUUCAUCAGGCAACAACCAGAUUUGCUUCAUCAGGCAACAGCCAGAUUUCUGUGACCGCUGACUUAACGCGCCUUGUUGUUGUGGUUUUUCUUUCCGCACAAGAAGACGUUUCGUGUGCCCCGCGAGGCUCGCGAGGCUCGCGCGAAGAAAGCCGCUUGUCUCUUUUGGUUUAAAAAAAAAAAACCCGCGACUUGUUUUUUUUCCGGUGUCGCCGAGCACCACUCGUUUCGCCGUUGCAUCCGAUGAUUCCUCCGAGUGCCAGGGAGCUUCUCGGCGGAGGGGGGAGGGACGACGUCUCCGCUUCGGACGCCCAAGAAGCUCCCGGCGCUCGGGGACGAAACGUCGGACGCCGCCGCCGAAACGACGGACGGGCGGCGCGACGCGAAAAAAACACGGCGGGCGAUGCGAUGCGAUGCAACACAGCCGCGAAGAGGCAGCGUGGCGAAAUACUCGGAUGGAAAAUUGAGAGCGUCGAGAUCGUGCGCGCUCCAGUUUUUCUUAAGUUCGCGAAUUGUUAGCGUUGUGCUUCUGUGCACGAUAAUCGGUGUGCAGAUCUUCUCGUGCACUGCCAUUACGGACACGUACGUGCAUGCAGCUCCUUCGUCAGGAGUCAGUCACAGCAUUACGGACGUUUUGGGAAUAUACGAACAUACUUCGCCGGACUGGUCGGCACGCGGGUUGGUGAAAGGCGGGGGAGCAUGUGGAAAUGGGAGCAUAGAAGUACAGUACAGUUGUGUAUUUUGCUGCACACCUCCAAUCUGUGCCCCCACCACAUGUUACAGUCUCGUCCUGUACGUUGACAGUUAUUCGUGUUUGAAGACAUUCUCGGAAUCCAACGUUUCCCCGUGGUCAGAAAACGUUUCCUCGUGCUAUUACAAGGACAAUUGCGUGGAGACAAAUUGCACACAACUUUCCAAAUGUGCAGCAUCUGCCCCGCUGGGCCACCAUGAGCUGCCAAUGCUGUAAUGAUUCUCAGUCGUGUAAGCUCAACAGCUUUAAUUGGAUUGAUUUGCCGCUUUUAUAAUUUACUGUGUGCCACGUGGGUGACACGUGGAAACAUGAGAGCAUUCUUGUUUUUUUUUUUACACAUAUAUUAUAAGUCGUUAAGUUGGGCUUGUAAUGUUGUUACGUUGAGUAUUUAUUUUGUCGCCAAUUUUCUAAGUUUGUAGAAAAAUGUGUGAAUGGUUUUCUUUUUGCGUGUUACGCCUGCCCAUACGGUCUGGUUCGGUUUUUAAUUUGUUGUCCUUGGAGCUGCCACAACCCCCUCUCGCUCCCUCCCUCGAUGGCAGAGGUCGCAACCGGGUACCCAAUACCUGAUACCCGUAUCCUACCCGAUACCCGGGUAGCCAUUUGCGACCCUGGUGCGGCCGGGUACGGGUACGGGUAGGCCGUGAGUCACUGGUGAGUAACCAUUUGUCACUCAUUUCGGGUAGGGUACGGGUUCGGGUAUGGAACGGCUACCCGUACCCAGCCGGGUACGGGUACCCAUUUGCGACCCUGGUGCGGCUGGGUACGGGUAAGGAAUCAAACCCCGUUUGCGACCUCUGGUCUAUGGCCUUCAACACCCUUGUUGAUUCCAGGCAUUCGCAAAAGCCACCGAGAAUGCAGUGGGCUCAGUGCCUCGUCUUUCCAACUUGCGCAGUCGGGGCAGCGUUGCUCACCAAAUGGGAACCAUCGCAGCCACAAUCGCCGUAGCGAUCUCCGGGCGAAGGGGGGAGUCGGUGACCAAAAUAACAAGAUGAGACAUUUUUUUCGAAUUCGGUAAAAAAAAUUUUUAUUCAUAUUUCAAGGCCCACAAUACGUCUGCAUACGAGAGGCGUUGGUCCUUAAUAAAUAACGGGUCACGAGACGGUCCUUUUUAAAUAGCCGCGUGCGGCUGUGCCGAAGCCCUCUCCGAAUGUUUAAGUAAAAACAUUGUUGGGCUUGCGUCUCGUAGUCCGGAGAAGGACACUUGCGUCUUCCGGGGCGGUGUGUGCCGCUUUACUCUCGUCAAGAAUCUUCCCGCAAGAUCUGUCGCAUUUUGGUUAUGAGGAUCGUCCUCCCUGAAGACGUUUUCUCCAACUCAAUCCGUGACCAGCCUCGGGUGCAGAAGGGGACCGCCCGCUCGCUGGCCGCCGUUCGAAAUCAUCUUCUACAAGAUACCACCAUCUCCCCCCGUGUUAAAGCGGCGCGUUUGUCCAUCAUCCUCUGGAUGGCAGAGCCCCCUGGUAGCAGUGUCGCGUGCAUUCUUCCCGAAAUAUAAAACACACACGCUUUGUUUUCAAAAUGAGUCCAAGAUAUUUUGGGGAGAGUCUUUCCGAAGUUGUGUUGCAAUGUGGAGAAUACGAUCAACUUUACCAAUUUUUUUAAACAAACGAUGUAAAUGAUUGUUCGUCCGUAUCGUUAAUUAAUGGUGGAUUCAAGAGGCUAAAUGCUUUGUGCUUUUGAAAGAUUUCAUUUCCCCUGUUUGAUAAAGCUGUUUUGGAAUUCCAUCCGAUUGGACCGCGAUGUUAAUGGAUAAGUCGCCGUAAAAAAAAAAUUUCCACGUGAAAAGUAAAACGACGGAGCAGUCCUCCACACGAUGAAGGGACGAAAAUAAAACGCCAGAGGCUGAGGAUAAGCACAAAGUGAUCGGGGUCUGGUUCCCGUUCCGUUGGAGAGAGGUUACGCAAACUCUGAGCGAGGAAAAAAAUCUGCUGUGCUCUGCUCAGAAAAAGAAAGUGUGAUCAGAGAAAUGUGUUGGCGUGUUUGUUUUUGUUGCUUGCACUACUUUGCGGUGGGGUUAGGAAAUCCAGCAGUGGAGUUACACUCCAACAUGCAGCCAACUUUGGCCUAACGUUCAUUUACAAACGAUAGCCAGAACAGAAAAAAGGUAAGCGGCUGAUCUUACGAUUACAAAAAUAAUUUUCGUGUUCGCUUGACGAUGGUGUACUGUCAAAAGUUUUGGUGUUUUCUGAGACUUGUUUCGAUAUGCUGUAAAAGUAAUCUGGUGCCCGUGUCACGCUCAUUUUCCAAGCACACAUUUAAAAUGUGAAAACUUCUUCGAGUUUUGCGAAAGAAAAUAAAAAAAACGCGUUUUGCA